UUGAGCCUUGAUGAGCAUUGCAUUUCACUGAAACGAGAAAAGCGUGUCGAAUGGAUUUCACGGAGAAGGAUCUAUUCGGCGAAGAUUCCGACAACGACAACGGGUCCCACUCCUCCGGUUCCUCUUCUUCUUCCUCCGCCGCUUCCUCUUCCUCAUCAUCCUCCGCCUCCUCUUCCGCCUCUUCCUCCAAAGCCAGCGACGCCGCCGCCGACUCCUCCUCCGCCAGCGGCAGCGCAAGCAGCGGCGCCGAAAACGACGACGAGAAUGGCGACGUCGUAGAUAGCACCAAAGUCCGCGCCCAUCACCAUCACGACUACGAAGACAAAGAUCUGUUUGGCUCCGAUAAUGAAGAUUACUGUAAAACCCUCGCUAGAAGUCCUUACCCCAUUCCUGUAUUGCCUGCCAUCCGCAAUGUGCAUAAUCAGGGUAGAGGGGGGUUUGGCCGUGGUCGUUGGCAAAAUGAUAGAGGAGCUGGCCUUCUUCCUCGUCCCGGACCUUAUCCUCAGAGGCAGAAUUUUGGGUAUGGAAAUAGGUUUCAGGAUGGCCGCCAUGACGAGCGAUUUGUCUCUGAGUUGAAGCUUUCAAAAAGUGAAGAAACUCUAUCAAGAAAGUGCAUUGCUUUUCAGGAGCCUUGUGAAGUUGCCUGCUAUAGUCGUGCAGAAGGCAGAGAAGUAUACUUCGACGAUCGUAGCUUGAGACUUUUUAAGCGCCAUAUCACUGAGGAUGUUGGAGCUGAUUUGAAUGAAGGUUAUGAUACAUACAUUCCCAAAAAAGCAGACUUAGGCUCACAGGGAUUUGGUGAUCUUCUUGCUUGCAUUAGAGACAAAAAUAUCCCGCUUCAAAACAUUCAUUUUGUGACAUUCCGUAACAAUCUUAACAAGAUACUGGCAACAGCUUAUAUCCGUCACGAGCCUUGGGAAAUGGGAGUGCACAAAAGGAAUGGUGUUGUCUAUCUUGAUGUGCACAAAUUACCAGAAAAACCUCAAAGUGAUUUGGAUCGCAGGAGAUGUUAUGUAGGAUAUUGUUUUGAGAGCCUUGCAACUGAAGAUCCUAAUAGAGCAGAUGGAGAGGGGAUACAUCAUGUUGAUGCCAAUGUUGAAUUUUGUGCUGUGAUUAAGACAAAAUUAGGAGCUCACCGCAUCUUAAUGGGUGCUGAGAUGGAUUGCUGUGAUUCGACUAAUGAGGGAAAGAGAUUUUAUGUGGAGUUAAAGACAAGUUGUGAGUUAAAUUAUCACACCGAGGAAAGAUUCGAGAGGGAGAAACUGUUGAAGUUUUGGAUUCAGUCAUUUCUGGCUGGUGUUCCAUAUAUUGUCAUAGGAUUUAGGGAUGAUGCAGGUCGUCUUGUUCGGACAGAAAGACUUAGAACCAAAGAUAUAACACAGAGAGUGAAAAUGAAGAACUACUGGCAGGGAGGAGUCUGCUUGGCGUUUGCUGACGAGGUAUUAUGCUGGCUGUAUGGAACAGUCAAAGAAGGUGAAGAUUAUAUUUUGCAGUUUGCUCCACCUUUCAACCGAUUGGAGCUUCUGCAAUCCCAGUCUUGCCCAGAUGUAAUCACUAGUCAUCUGGAGCUGUUGUGAAAAUUUAGAGAACUUAACAGUUAUUAUUUAAACAACUCAAUAUACGAAGUAAGGGGAAUCAACUCUGGAUUUUCCCCCGCUGCUUUGAUCAGUUCACUAAUUUGUAGUAUAGGGGGCACCCUCUGUGAGUGCUGAGAAUUGCAUUCGCAUCUUUAUAGAAAUUUGUGGAAAUAUUAUGGCCUUGCUUAGUUGGAAUAUAGUAGUUCUUCAUUUUACUGUUUUGA